AUGGACCCCCGGGGCCCGGCCCGGCCACCCCAGCCCCAGGAGAAACAGGCAGCCUGGGGGCCGUGGGGAGAGGCACACCAUGGCCCCCCACCGCAGCCCAGGCGGCAGCUCCUCCGUGCGGGGCCCCCGCCUCGGCCCGGCUCCUGGGACGGGAGCCACCUCCCCGGCCUCCUCUGGGAUGAGGGCCACCACCCCCGGAGGGACGCCCGCAGACCGGCUUCCCGGGCUGAGUACUACGAAAGCAGCUACCCCAACAGGCCAUACUCCAGGCAAGAAUAUGAAGACCCCCACCGGCAGUAUCCAGCAGCCAGCUACGGGGAUGACUACACCUACCAAAGCCACCAGUGGCAGCCGGUGGCCUGGCAGGAUGGCAGAGACCUGAGACAGGGAGAGCCUUAUGGCAAGAGUACCAAUUACCGGGACCAGCACUACUACAGGGGUUACCAUCCCAACCUGGCCACAACGCCCCUGGGGCAGGGCAGGACACAGACCUACAACUCCUACGAGGAGAGCUACAUCUCGGCUGCCAGGAGGGAGUGGGCAGGGGGAGAAACCCUCAGCAGUGAAUCGGGGGAGGCCAGUGGCCAGUCCCAAGAGCCCCCGGGCCAGCCCAGCCUGCUCCUGCAGUACCGCGAGUCGGGGCUCAGCUCCAGCAGCGCCGAGCUCAGCCAGUACAUCCGUGACAGUGCCGACAACUACGACCCCAUGUUUUCAGGGACCUGGAGCCCAGCACAAGCAGGGGGGCCCUUGGUAUCCACCCUGGCCCCAGUGGUACCCCUCAAGUUCUCGCUGCCGCACAUGGCGGUGUGCUUUGGAGCCAGAGGCCAGCUGGUGAUGGUGUGUCCCUACCGCCCUGCUGAGGGGCAGCUAGCCCACGUCGAGCUACACAGCCUGGAGGUAAUCCUUCGUGAUACGAAAGAGCUGGAGGAGCUACAGGCCUUCCCGGGGCCCCUGGCCAGGGAAGAUCUGCACAAGGUGGAUGUGAUGACAUUUUGCCAGCAAAAAAUAGCCACGAGCUGUGAUCUCUCAACACAGAGAGGAAGAGAUUCAUCUCUUCUCUGGAAACUCCUGGUCCUCCUCUGCCGGCAGAAUGGGUCCAUGGUGGGCUCAGACACAGCUGAGCUGCUGAUGCAAGACUGUAGGCGCCGGGAGAAGUACAAGAGGCAAAACCCUGCGGCAAACCUGAUCGGCCUGACGGAUGAUGAGUGGAUGUCGUGUCAGCCGGGGACACUGGACCUCAUCACAGGGGAGGUCCCUCCUGUUGUGCAGACGCAGGCACAGAUAGUGGAGAAGUUCACCAAGCUCCUCUACUAUGGCAGGAAGAAAGAUGCUCUGGUCUGGGCCAUGAGAAACCAGCUGUGGGGCCAUGCCCUCUUCCUCUCCAGCAAGAUGGACCCUCGGACCUACAGCUGGGUGCUCAGCGGGUUCACCAGCACGCUGGCCACCAAUGACCCCCUGCAGACCCUCUUCCAGCUCAUGUCAGGAAGGAUUCCUCAGGCAGCGCUGUGCUGUGGGGAUGCCACGUGGGGAGACUGGAGGCCCCACCUGGCCGUGAUGUUGUCCAACAAGGUUGGAGACAUGGAGCUGAACCACCGAGCCAUCAUCACCAUGGGAGACACUUUGGCUGGCAAGGGAGCAGUUGAAGCAGCUCAUUUCUGCUAUCUGAUGGCAGAUAUUCCUUUCGGUUACUUCGGGGUGAAGGCAGACCGCAUGGCUCUGCUGGGCAGCAGCCACCGUCAGGCGUUUGCCCAGUUUGCCAGGACGGAGGUCAUUCAGCGGAUGGAAAUCUUCGAGUACUGCCAGCAGCUACGACAGCCCAAAUCCUUCCUGCUCCCCUUCCAGGUGUACAAGCUCCUCUACGCCUCUCGCCUGGCCGACUACGGGCUCCCAGUCCAGGCCUUGCAAUACUGCGAGCAGAUUGCCACUGCGCUCCUGGGCCAGGAUCCAGCCAGCCACCCUGUCCUAGCCCAGCAAGUGAUGAAGCUAGCAGAGCGGCUAAAGCUCUCCGACCCGCUGCUCCUGGAGAUGCCGGAACAGGACCAGACGCUGGAGCCUGACUGGCUGGUACAGCUCCGAGCCUGCUGCCAGGAGUGGGAGGUGGAAGACAACCUCCCUCCAGAGGUGGCACCCACUCAGCCAGAGGUCUCCUGGGCUAAUGCGUCGAUGGCAGAUGGAGAGCCUGGCCACGAGCUUCCACAGAGUGAAGGCUACCAGUAUGAUCAGUGGUACCAGCCCAUGCCACCCCAGGGACCCAGCUCCCAUGAGGACGUGUCUCUCCAGCCCUCGGCACCUGCUCAGGUCGCAGCAUCACCACUGCUUGGUAUUCAGCAAGAGCUGCAGCCCACCACGCUUGGCCAAGGGAUGGCCGCCCCUCCAGGAGGGGAUUUUGCUGAGUCCCCUCUGCAGGUGGUGCCACCAGCAGGAGAAGCUGGGGAGCCCCAGGGCACCUCGCUGUCCCCUGGAGGGGUGCAGCCAUCCCUCCCAGCAGAGCAGGAGGAGUUAAAGGCAAGGGCUCGGACCAUCUCGGAGUGCUCCACCGUCUCUUUGGAAGAUGACAGCCAGCCUUCCUCGGAGAGCACAGACGAAGAUGCUGCCAAAGAGCCGGCACCAGCAGAGGCGGUGAAGCCGGGUGAGGAUAAGAGCUCCGGAUUCAGGUGGUUUGGCUGGUUUCGGUCGAAGCCCACCAAGGAAACAUCUCCCAAAGCCGCAUCUGAGACUGCCCCAGGCUCCCCCACGCUGGGACCGCAGGAACGAACGUCGCCAUCCCCACUCGAGGCUCCUCUCGCAGCUGGGACAAGCCCUUGGGCUCAGCCUCCCUCCGGAAAUGCUGGAGGAAUGCAAGGUGAAAAUACCUUUCCUGUUAGUCCAGUGUCCAUUGAGAUGAAAGGCUCCUGGGAUGCAGAUGGUGGGGAGUCAACAGGAGAGCAGACCAGCUCCCACAAAUCUCCCCCACUGGUGGGGACGGUCCCCCUCUUCAACCCUCUCCAGGUCUCUCAGCUCGCCACCGCUGCCGCCUCUCGACCCAACCAACCCAGGCUGCUUUCCCAGCGCCGCUACCCCAACCCUCUGUGA